AUGGAACAUCGUGCUGCUUUGACUCCUGCUACUGCCAAGAUUCUUUUGGAUAAUGGUUUUAAGAUUACUGUUGAACGUUCUGACCAACGUAUUUUUGACGAUGAAGAAUAUGUCAAGGUUGGUUGUCCUCUUGUUGAUACUCUUAGUUGGAAGACUGACGCUCCUGCAGAUGCUUAUAUUGUUGGUUUGAAGGAACUUCCUGAAAAUGACGAUUCUCCUCUUCAUCAUACACAUAUCUUCUUUGCCCAUUGUUUCAAGAAUCAAGGUGGAUGGAAGGAACUUUUACGUCGUUUUGAUGCUGGUAAUGGUACUAUUCUUGAUCUGGAAUUCUUGAAUGACAGUAAUGGUCGUCGUGUUGCUGCUUUUGGUUAUAUGGCUGGUUUUGCUGGUUCUGCUGUCGCUAUUGAUGUAUGGUGUCAUCAACAAAUCAACAAGAAUGAAGCUUAUGGAGCUUUGAAACCUUAUCCCAAUGAAGAUGCUUUGAUUUCAUUCACAAAGAAACGAUUGACUGCUGCUGUGGCCAAUAAUAAUAAUCAAUAUCCCAAGGUGAUGGUGAUGGGUGCUUUAGGUCGAUGUGGUACUGGCGCUUGUGAUUUUGCUCGUAAAGCUGGUAUUCCUGAAGAAAAUAUCAUUAAGUGGGAUAUUAAUGAAACCAAGGCUGGUGGUCCUUUCCCUGAAAUCUUGAAGGCUGAUAUCUUUGUCAAUUGUAUCUAUUUGAACCAAAAGAUUCCUCCUUUCAUUACUCAAGAGUUAAUCGAUGGUGAACGCAACUUAUCUGUUAUCUGUGAUGUUUCUUGUGAUACUACCAAUCCCAACAAUCCUAUUCCAGUCUACACCAUCAACACUACAUUCGAUAAACCUAUUGUUCCUGUCACCACUUCCAAUCCUAUGCCUUUGGAUGUGUGUUCUAUUGAUCAUUUGCCUACCUUACUUCCUCGUGAAUCUUCUGAUCUCUUCUCUCGCGAUCUUCUGCCCACUAUCUUGGCCUUGAAGAAUAGAAAGGAAUCUCCUGUCUGGAAUGGUGCCGAAACUCUUUAUCAAGAAAAGUUGGCCGCUGCUCGUGCUUAG